AAGCAACUAAGAGCAUUGCCUGAACACACUGAUUUACCGACAGCACUACAAGUAGUGGGACAUCAUUUGAGGAGUUUAUAAAUCGCUGGGAUAUAUUUUUAUACAUAUAUAUAUUUUUUUUAAUUUCUGAUUAUUAUCAUUUUGUGGCUGGAAUACAAUGAAUACUUUAUAUCUGCCUCUCCACUUCCAGCUCUGCUCUGCCCUGUGCUUUCAGUGGACGGCCGCAUUAGACUCUAAAGAGCUUGAAACCGCUGUAAAUAUUACUUGGUCAUCUGUUAACUUUAGGACUAUACUAGAAUGGGAACCUAGACCUGUAAAUCACACUUACAGUGUUGACGUCAGUGGCGAAUAUUCUGACUGGAAAACAAAAUGCUCCUAUACUAAGGAGACGGAGUGUGAUGUUUUUAAUUUAUUAGAGGAUGUGAACGAUACGUAUACUGCACGCAUUAUAUCAAAUGUUAAAGAUUCUGAACACGUUGAGGAAUUUCCACACGCUGACAGCGUUCCAUUUACUCCUUAUAAGCAGACAAAGCUUGGAAAACCAGUCAUUGAACAGUUUGAAUUGGAUAAAGAAAGUGGCAAGCUCCACGUGUUCGUUAAAGAUGCUGUGACACCAUUUGCAUUUCCCAAUAAUACAUUCAAGACUGUUCGGGAUAUAUUUCAAAGUGACUUUAUGUAUACACUGUUUUACAGAAAAGCUUCCAGUACCGACAGGAAACAGGCAACGUCGGCGACCAAUGAAAUUGUCAUCACUGUAGACAAAGGGGAGAGUUACUGUUUUUACUUUUAA